AUGUACUGUCAUCGCUUUAAGUACUUACUACUGCCCACUGGUCGUCAGGUUAGUAACUAAAAUAAAUUUGGUUAGAAAAAAAUGGAGUUGCGAGCUUCUAUGUACUUCUGUAUUCUUUGACCGUGUUAAAACACUCGUUUCGGUGAAUCUUUUAACGAGGUUAUGUUCGAUGAGAAAAAAUAGUUCAAUUGAGAAGAGGAUGUGUAAAGAAUUUUAAGUAAAAAUUAAUGAAUUAAGUAGAAACAAUGGAAUUAAUUAUAACGAGUGAUAACGUUGCCGAAAAUUGGAGUGCAGCAGCAUGGGAUCCAAAUACAGGAUCACUUUUAUCAACCUACAAACAUGCAACACCUAUCGCAAAUAAGACCUUACAAGUUUUAAGUGAUUGUUAUUUAUUGGGUGCAGAUUCAGCUAAACCACGAUUACACGUAUGGCCAUUGAACAGUCAAAGGCCAAUUUCUAACAUCAGAUUAACAACUCCAGGAAAAGUGUCCGCUUUAACGUCCACCCCGGAUGGUUCUUACAUCGUAGCCGCGAUUAAUGAAAAACUGUACGUUUGGCAGCUUUGUAAUGGUCGAUUAUUAGCGAUAAUAGCACGACAUUAUCAAAUGAUAACGUGUUUGAAAUUUACCAAAGACAGUUCGAUGUUCGUUAGUGCCGGAGAGGAUGGUUUGAUACUAGUUUGGUCAUUGUUCAAUGUAAUAAACAACGAGGAACAACGAUCCCAUCCUGUUUAUUCCUUUUCAAAUCAUACUUUGCCGGUGAAAGAUCUUUACGUUGGCCAUUGCGCACCACGUGCGAGGUUAUGUUCCGUUUCGUUGGAUCAUACCGCAAAUAUUUAUGAUCUCAACGGCGGUAAAUUACUUGGUACUUUCGUAUUCGAUUUACCAUUGACCUCGGUUUGCAUGAAUGCAACAGAAAGCGAAUUAUUCGUUGGUACAACUAGCGGUUUAAUUUACAAAUUUUAUCUCCACGAGCCACCACGAGGUAUAGAACACCACGUGAAAAUCAUAAUAAACGAUGAAGCGGAUGACAACACCAUCUAUCGGGGACACGAAUCAACAAUCGUUUCUCUGUCGGUAUCGAACGAUUGUCGGAAUCUACUUUCCGCGUGUUUAAAUGGAAAAGUGCAUCUCUGGGACGUGGACAAUCGUGAGAUUAUUAAAACCUUUGCCCACAAAGGACAAAUAACCUCGGCAUUAUUUUCGAAACGUUUUAACAAUUUUCAUAUACAAGAUUUAAAACCUUCGUUGCAAAUUCAUCCUUUGCAAAGGGUAUCGGAAGAUAACGCAAAGGAAAAUAUCAUCGAUAUCACGAGAAAAGGACGAGAUACUUCGGAUUUUUUAAAUUUUCAUUCUUUCGUCGAGGAAGAAUCUUCUCGAUCGGAUAUAGACAAAAAUACUACUCGUAAAUUGGAAAAUUUGAUGGAAGAAAAUAAGAAACUUAAGAAGAUCAACGCGGAUUUAUACAAAUGCGCCGUUGAAUAUGUUUUAAAAUGUAAAUCAUCGACCAAUAAUCUACAAGAUCAAUAAACAUUAUUUUUACAAUUGAA